UUUUUUUUUUCCUGAAGGGAUUCUCAAUUGCAAGGUGGAAAUGCCGCUAAUUUUGUUUUGAAGAAUCCUAUGGAUAACUGAUACAUUUUUCGGAAGAUAAUUCAUCUAGAACCAGAUCAGCUAUUGUAAUCUUCAUUGUAGAAACUAUUUAAAGAUUUUUUAAUAAUUGAAAGAGAUUAUGUCUAUCAUUAUUAGACUCCAGAAUCUGCCAUGGUCUGCCAAUUCUGUGGAUAUACGCCGUUACUUUUCCGGUUUGUCCAUUCCGGAAGGUGGAGUCCAUAUCGUAGGAGGUGAAAUGGGGGAUGCGUUCAUAGCAUUCAGCACCGAUGAAGAUGCUCGUCUUGCAAUGGCUAAAGAUGGUGGCAAGAUUAAAGAUAUGCAAAUAAAACUUCUCCUCAGCAGUCGUACAGAGAUGAUGCGCGUUAUCGAGCAAGCACGGCAACAGAACAUUGGGGCUAGUGUUCAGCCGAUUCAGCCAGCAAUAAUCCCUCCGCAAAUUCCUGUUUUGCCUCCUCCUCAGCAACCUGCUAGGAUCAUGGCUCCAGCUGUAGACAGUGAUAGAAGAGUUCGCAGUCCAAGCCCGCAUCGUCGAAGUAGAGAAAAAUCUCCUUCAAGAGACCGCCGUCGUACUCCAGAUAGGCGCUCUUCUAAGCGCGAUCGUAGUAGGAGCCCUGCUCGGAGCAGUCGUGGCUCUAGUAGAGACACUGACCGUCGUAGUGAUCGCUUCAAAAGAGAUGACCGACGUUAUGAAGAAUCGUCUCGUUAUAGAGAUGAACGGCGAUCUGGAAGAGAUGGGCAGCAAGAAGUAAAAAAGUAUCCUGAUGCAGACCACGUUAAUAGUAGAUCUCAACUUCAUGCUACUGAAGGAUUUCGAGAAACAAGUCAUGGAUUUUAUGAUAAUGUAACAUCUUCUGCAACAACUGGUAACUAUUCUUAUUCUAAUCCGCAAUCAUCUGCAAACAGCAAAGUUUACCCUGGUGUUCUUUACAACUUACCAUCUAGCGAUCAGAAUGUAUCGUCACGUCAGACUGAUCUUACUGGAACACAAAAAUCUGAUAUUGCUCCUAUAUUAGAUCCACGGACAUCAGCUGGGCAACAAGCAAUGCUUUAUGGCGCAUUAGGUUAUGAACAAAGAAACACAUCCACUUACGAUCAGCAAAGUAUUCCGCCUUUUGAGCAAAAAAAUAUUUCAGAUUUUGAGCAGAAGAGCGUACCACCCUAUGAGCAAAGGAAUACUUCCUCUUAUGAACAGAGGAACACUCCUACCUAUGAACAGAGGAGCACGCCUACAUAUGAACUGAGAAAUGCACCAUCGUCUUAUGACCAAAGAAAUGCACCAAUUUUUGAUCAAAGAAACGUACAACCGUACGAACAGAGAAAUCAGCCCUUGUAUGAUCAAAGAAAUACAUUACCUAAAGAUACAGUUCCAUCUACUAAUAAGGACGAGCAGUUUGAAAAGCCACGACGUCGUACACGAUUUGAGCCUGAGUUUCAAACUCCACAACAGACUCCUUUCUUUUCUUCUUCAGAACCUAAUCACAAAGUUACUCUAUCUGAUUCACGUGAGUCACCGUCUUAUAAUGGAAAUAAACAAAUGCCUCCCGAUCCUCGAGUUGGACCUCGAAGUGCUUGGCCUCGCCAAACAGAAGAUCGCGUAGAGAAUGCAUCUUGGGCAGACAAACGUCAAGGACUGCUAGACCCUCCAGUUUCAAAUAAUAAUGAUUUUGUUCAGGUUGUACCUAUGGAACUUGAAUCAACUCCUGAUGCUCCAAUUGAAGAGAACAUUUACAUAAGACCGGAAGAACCUCAGAGAGGGCCGCUUUUGCCUUCUAGACCUGCGCAUUCUUUUCCAAGAGGCAAUUCACCAAGAAAUGAUGAUGUAAGACGAGAGAUGCCGAACAGAAGAGCUCCAAAUGAUCAUCAGCAACAUGUAUCUCCGACGCUUACGGUUGAAGUUAGUAGACUUCCAUCUAGUGCUAGAGUUGAUGAUAUACUACAUCUUUUUCGUGGCAUCCCUAUCUCCCCAUCUAACAUCCGUAUUCAGACAAAUGCUCAAGGAGCGGAAAAAGCGUUUGUACGGUUUGCAAAUUCUGCUGAUUUUGAGGAAGCUCUUACUCGACAUACUCCUGGCCAGUUUGAAGUGCAUUCAUGUCCGUCUUCUUCAUUUGAUGCAGCCCUUCGUUCUCAAAAAUCUCGCCCAAAACCGAAGCCUCGGGAAGAAGAUUUGUGUGUUCAAAUGCGAGGCUUGCCAUUUUCAUGUAAAGAAGACGAUGUUGUGUGUUUCUUUGAUGGUCUAGGAAUUCUUGAUCUUUUUAUAGAUGUCGGACCUGAUGGAAGAGCUACGGGAGUUGGAUAUGUUGAACUCGGAACUCCAGAAGAUUUUCGAUCGGCACUUGCAAUGAAUGGUAAGAUGAUUGGUCACCGAUACAUUACGGUGUCUGUUGCUAGCAAAGAAAUGAUGGCUCUUGCAAAAGGAGAAGAAUAUGUUCCACCGCCGCCGCAACCAAUAGGUCCACCUCGGCCUUCCGGACCUCCACGUCCAUCUGGUCCUCCAAGACCAUCUGGUCCUUCAAGAUCAUCUGGUCCUCCUCCACACAAUCAAGUGCCUUCGAAUCAAAAUCGAAGUCCCUCAUUCUGUAUAUCCUUAAGAGGUGUGCCAGAAUGUGUAACAAGCAGAGAUAUAGCAGACUUUUUCAGUCAAGUGAAUGUUAUUCCUAGGGCUAUUCAUAUUAUGUUUGGUCCUGAAAAAAGACCAUCUGGAGAAGCAUUUGUGGAAUUCACAUCGAAACGAGAAUUCGAAGCUGCGAUGGAGACAAAUGGUAAAUCUCUACUCGGUAAUCGAUUAUCUUUGAUGUCUAUCCCAUUUAGGGAAAUGAAUGAAAUUAUAAGGAGGCCUAACCCAUUACCUCCUCCUCCCACUCCUGGACCGUUACUUAGAACUCCAUCUGAAAUCGAGAGGCCUCGUAGACCUCUUCUUCCCCAAGCACCUACUGAUGUGGCUUUCAGAGAAAGACCGAGGAGAGAUUCUCCCAUUCGGGGUAACCGACCUCGUAUGGAACAGUUUAAUCGCAUGGAAGGACCUGGCAGACCACCUUUUUCACGUAUGCGCGGACCUUACCCAGUAAGGCCUUUCGGCCCAGAAAGUCGUUUUCCCCCACCAGCUGAUCGUUCGAUUAAAGAUUUUGGUGCUCCUGGUUGUGUAGUUUCAAUUAACAACCUGCAUUUUCGAGCAGGUUUAGAAGAGUUAUUAGACUUCUUUAGGGGUUACACUAUUUCAAAAGACAGUAUUAUUCGAAAAUAUAAUGAAAAUGGACAGACUACUGGUGAAGCUAGAGUAUCUUUUCAGAGUCCCAGAGAAGCACAGAGAGCUGUCAGAGAACUAAACCAGAAACCAGUCAUGGGACGACCCCUGACAUUGUCAAUAUUAUAGAUUCAUAUUUAUAAAGCUGUAAGUAAAAAGAUCAGAAAGUGUGAAUUGGUUUAUUAGCUUCCUCUGAAGUAGACGUACUUGUAAAGCAUGUUAAGGUACUACAUAUGUUUCACAAAUCAACAUAUUCUGUACAGUGCAUUCAUUAUAUGUAUUAUGUCUUUGUAUAAAACAUCACUUGUAAUUUGCUACUCAUUUUUUUUUUCAUUGGAAGUAUUUCCAAAUAAUAAAGAAUUUAAUAUUGAUUUCA